CCCUCGGCCCCCCGCAGCCGCCUGUGAUGCUGCCGUCCCCCAUCGCCCCGUGGCCCCACGAUGACCCACAGCCCCGCGUCAAGCGAGGACGAAGAACGCCACAGUGCCAGCGAGUGUCCCGAGGGGGGCUCAGAGUCCGACAGCUCCCCAGACGGGCCCGGGAGAGGCCCCCAGGGGACCCGGGGCCGGGGCAGCAGGGCACCUGGUAGCCUGGCCUCCAUCCGAGGCCCCCAGGGCCGCUCCAUGUCUGUGCCGGACGACGCCCACUUCAGCAUGAUGGUCUUCAGGAUUGGCAUCCCGGACCUGCACCAGACAAAAUGCCUGCGCUUCAACCCGGAUGCCACCAUCUGGACGGCCAAGCAGCAGGUGCUCUGUGCCCUGAGCGAGAGCCUGCAGGACGUGCUCAACUAUGGCCUGUUCCAGCCGGCCACCUCGGGCCGCGACGCCAACUUCCUGGAGGAAGAGCGGCUGCUGCGGGAGUACCCCCAGUCCUUCGAGAAGGGGGUGCCCUACCUGGAGUUCCGAUACAAGACCCGAGUUUACAAACAGACCAACCUGGAUGAGAAGCAGCUGGCCAAGUUACACACGAAGACGGGGUUGAAGAAGUUUCUGGAAUACGUGCAGCUCGGGACGUCCGACAAGGUGGCACGGCUGCUGGACAAGGGGCUGGACCCCAAUUAUCAUGACUCGGAUUCAGGAGAGACCCCCCUGACGCUGGCUGCCCAGACAGAAGGCUCCGUAGAGGUGAUUCGAACCCUGUGCCUGGGCGGGGCCCACAUCGACUUCCGGGCCCGGGAUGGCAUGACAGCGCUGCACAAGGCCGCGUGUGCCCGUCACUGCCUGGCUCUCACGGCACUCCUGGACCUUGGGGGCUCCCCCAACUACAAGGACCGCCGGGGCCUGACCCCUCUGUUCCAUACGGCUAUGGUGGGGGGCGACCCCCGCUGCUGUGAGCUGCUCCUGUACAACAGGGCCCAGCUGGGCAUAGCCGACGAGAACGGCUGGCAGGAGAUCCACCAGGCCUGCCAGCGGGGCCACUCUCAACAUCUGGAACAUCUGCUCUUCUACGGGGCUGAGCCCGGAGCCCAGAACGCCUCAGGGAACACGGCCUUGCACAUCUGCGCCCUCUAUAAUAAGGAGACCUGCGCUAGGAUCCUCCUCUAUCGAGGGGCCAAUAAAGAUGUGAAGAAUAACAACGGACAGACCCCCUUCCAGGUGGCAGUGAUCGCUGGGAAUUUUGAACUGGGAGAGCUGAUCCGAAACCAUCGAGAACAGGACGUGGUGCCCUUUCAGGAGUCCCCCAAGUACGCGGCCCGGCGACGGGGACCCCCGGGCGCAGGGCUGACAGUGCCCCCUGCACUGCUGCGGGCCAACAGUGACACAAGCAUGGCCCUGCCCGACUGGAUGGUGUUCGCCGCCCCGGGGACCUCGUCCGCCGGGGCCCCCGGCCCUACCUCAGGGCCUCAGGGCCAGUCACAGCCCUCGGCCCCCCCAAAGCUCAGCAGUGGGACCCUCCGCAGUGCCAGCAGUCCCCGUGGCGCCCGGGCCCGCUCCCCGUCCCGUGGGAGGCACCCCGAGGAGGCCAAGAGGCAGCCGCGUGGACGGCCCAGCUCCAGUGGGACGCCCCGGGACGGGCCGGCCGGGGGCACCGGGGGCUCGGGGGGCCCUGGGGGCUCCCUGGGCAGCCGAGGGAGGCGCAGGAAGCUGUACUCAGCGGUACCCGGACGCUCCUUCAUGGCCGUGAAGUCAUACCAGGCCCAAGCCGAGGGGGAGAUCUCUCUGAGCAAGGGCGAGAAGAUCAAAGUGCUUAGCAUCGGGGAAGGCGGCUACUGGGAAGGCCAGGUCAAAGGUCGCAUCGGCUGGUUUCCUUCUGACUGUCUGGAAGAGGUGGCAAACCGUUCCCAGGAGGCAAAGCAAGAAAGCCGCAGUGACAAGGCAAAGAGACUCUUCCGGCAUUAUACUGUGGGCUCCUAUGACAGCUUUGAUACCCCAAGCGAUUACAUCAUUAAGGAGAAGACAGUCUUGCUGCAGAAGAAAGACAGCGAGGGGUUCGGGUUCGUGCUCCGGGGGGCCAAGGCGCAGACCCCCAUCGAGGAGUUCACCCCCACCCCAGCCUUCCCGGCAUUGCAGUACCUGGAGUCGGUGGACGAGGGUGGUGUGGCAUGGCGAGCAGGACUGCGAAUGGGAGACUUCCUUAUCGAGGUGAACGGGCAGAAUGUGGUGAAGGUCGGCCACCGACAGGUGGUGAACAUGAUCCGCCAAGGGGGCAACACACUGAUGGUCAAGGUGGUGAUGGUUACCAGGCACCCGGACAUGGAUGAGGCUGUCCACAAGAAAGCACCCCAGCAAGCUAAGCGGCUCCCGCCCCCAACCAUCUCCCUGCGUUCCAAGUCUAUGACCUCAGAGCUGGAGGAGAUGGUCUCCCCCUGGAAGAAGAAGAGUGAGUACGACCAGCAGCCGGCGCCGGUGCCCAGCAUGGAGAAAAAGCGGACCGUGUAUCAGAUGGCUCUCAACAAACUGGAUGAAAUUUUGGCGGCAGCUCAGCAGACCAUCAGUGCAAGUGAGAGUCCUGCGCCUGGUGGCCUUGCGUCCCUGGGCAAACACCGGCCCAAAGGCUUCUUUGCCACUGAGUCGAGCUUCGAUCCCCACCACCGCUCCCAGCCAAGUUACGAACGUCCUUCUUACCUGCCUCCAGGACCUGGGCUUAUGCUCCGGCAAAAAUCUAUCGGGGCUGCAGAAGAUGAGAGACCCUACCUAGCACCCCCAGCCAUGAAGUUCAGCCGCAGCCUGUCGGUGCCUGGUUCGGAGGACAUCCCCCCGCCGCCCACCACGUCCCCCCCGGAGCCCCCCUACAGCACACCUCCGGCCCCCUCCUCCUCCGGCCGCCUCACCCCCUCUCCGCGGGGAGGGCACUUCAACCCCAGCUCGGGUGGUCCCCUCCCCGCCUCUUCCCCUUCAUCCUUUGACGGGCCCGCCCCUCCCGACACCCGCGUGGGGGGCCGAGAGAAGAGCCUGUACCACGGCGGGCCCCUGGCCCUGUCGCCCGUGCCGCCGUCCCCGUCGCCCGUGCCCACCCCCGCGUCGCCCAGCGGCCCGGCCACCCUCGACUUCACCAGCCAGUUCGGGGCGGCCCUGGUGGGCGCGGCCCGCAGAGAGGGGGGCUGGCAGAACGAGGCGCGCCGGCGCUCCACGCUCUUCCUCUCCACCGACGCGGGGGACGACGAGGGCGGCGACGGCGCGCUGGGCGCGGGGGCGCCCCCGGGCCCCCGGCUGCGCCACUCCAAGUCCAUCGACGAGGGCAUGUUCUCCGCCGAGCCCUACCUGCGGCUGGAGCCUGCGGCCGCCGCGAGUGCUGGCGGCUACGGGGGCUACGGAGCCGGGGGCCGCGCCUACGCGGCCGGCGCGGGCAGCAGCGCCUUCACCAGCUUCCUGCCGCCGCGCCCCCUGGUCCACCCGCUGACCGGCAAGGCCCUGGACCCCGCCUCCCCGCUCGGGCUGGCCCUGGCCGCCCGAGAGCGCGCGCUGAAGGAGUCCUCGGAGGGCGGUGGCGCCCCCCAGCCCCCUCCAAGGCCCCCGUCGCCCCGCUACGAGGCCCCGCCGCCCACGCCGCACCACCACUCGCCCCACGCCCACCAUGAGCCCGUGCUGCGCCUCUGGGGGGCUCCCCCACCCGACCCCGCCCGCCGGGAGCUGGGGUACCGGGCGGGGCUGGGCAGCCAGGAGAAGUCGCUCCCGGCCAGCCCGCCGGCUGCCCGACGCUCCUUGCUGCACCGCCUGCCCCCCACCGCCCCUGGGGUCGGGCCCCUCCUGCUGCAGCUGGGGCCCGAGCCCCCCGCCCCGCACCCCGGGGUGAGCAAGGCCUGGAGGGCCGGGGCCCCCGAGGAGCCCGAGCGCCUGCCCCUCCACGUGCGGUUCCUCGAGAACUGCCAGCCCCGGGCCAGUGGGGCGGGUGGAAGGGGCCCCCCCUCGGAGGACGGGCCGGGGGUCCCGCCGCCCAGCCCACGCCGGUCCGUGCCCCCCUCGCCGACCUCUCCGCGGGGCAGUGAAGAGAACGGGCUGCCCCUCCUAGUCCUGCCGCCCCCCGCCCCCUCGGUGGAUGUGGAAGAUGGCGAAUUCCUCUUCGUGGAGCCACUGCCCCCGCCCCUGGAGUUCUCCAACAGCUUCGAGAAGCCCGAGUCACCCCUCACGCCGGGGCCCCCCCACCCGCUGCCGGACCCACCGACCCCGACCACCCCGUUGCCCCCUGUGCCACCCCCUGCCGUCGCCGCCGCCCCGCCCACCCUGGACUCCACCGCCUCCAGCCUGACUUCCUAUGACAGUGAGGUGGCCACGCUAACCCAGGGCGCCCCCGCCGCUUCUGGGGACCCCCCUCCGCCAGGUCCACCGGCCCCGGCCGCCCCGGCUCCCCCCGCGCCACAGCCUGGCCCAGACCCUCCGCCUGGCACGGAUUCUGGUAUUGAGGAGGUAGACAGUCGGAGUAGCAGUGACCACCCUCUGGAGACGAUCAGCAGCGCGUCCACUCUGAGCAGCCUGUCUGCCGAAGGCGCUGGCCCCGCAGGGGGCGGUGGCCCCGGCGGUGGGGCCGGUGUGGCCAGUGGGCCGGAGCUUCUGGACACGUAUGUGGCCUACCUGGACGGCCAGGCCUUCGGAGGGAGCGGUCCUCCCGGCCCCCCCUAUCCCCCGCAGCUCAUGACUCCUUCUAAGCUCCGGGGCCGGGCGCUGGGGGCCAGCGGAGGCCUGCGGCCCAGCCCCAGCGGGGGACUCCGAGACCCUGUCACUCCCACCAGUCCCACCGUCUCCGUGACAGGGGCUGGAACUGAUGGGUUGCUGGCCCUGAGUGGUUGCUCGGGACCCUCGACGGUGGGUGUGGCCGGGGGUCCGGUGGCUGUCGAGCCAGAAGGCCCACCGGUGCCCUUGCCGUCGGCGUCCUCCCUGCCUCGGAAGCUGCUGCCCUGGGAGGAAGGCCCAGGCCCACCGCCACCACCCCUGCCCGGGCCCCUGGCCCAGCCUCAGGCCUCAGCCUUGGCCACAGUAAAAGCCAGCAUCAUCAGUGAACUCAGCUCCAAGCUUCAGCAGUUUGGGGGUUCCUCGGCAGCUGGGGGCGCUCUGCCAUGGGCCCGGGGAGGCAGCGGGGCAAGCGGGGACAGCCACCACGGGGGACCCACCUACGUCCCCGAGAGGACCUCUUCCCUGCAGCGGCAGAGACUCUCCGAAGACUCCCAGUCCUCGAUCCUCUCCAAACCCGUCAGCAGCCUGUUCCAGAACUGGCCCAAACCGCCCUUGCCACCACUCCCCACGGGAACCGGGGUCUCCCCGUCAGCCGCUGCGGCCCCGGGGGCCACCUCACCCUCGGCCGCCUCCUCCACGUCCACCCGCCACCUCCAGGGCGUGGAGUUCGAGAUGCGGCCGCCUCUGCUCCGCCGGGCCCCCAGCCCCUCGCUGCUGCCGGCCUCUGAACACAAGGUCAGCCCUGCGCCCCGGCCCUCGUCCCUGCCCAUCCUGCCUUCCGGACCCCUCUAUCCGGGCCUCUUUGACAUCCGCGGCUCCCCCACCGGAGGGGCAGGAGGCUCGGCCGACCCCUUCGCCCCUGUCUUUGUGCCGCCGCACCCCGGGAUGUCCGGGGGGCUUGGUGGAGCCUUGUCAGGGGCCUCCCGGUCCCUCUCACCGACCCGCCUGCUUUCGCUGCCCCCGGACAAGCCGUUCGGCGCUAAACCUCUGGGCUUCUGGACCAAGUUCGACGUGGCUGAUUGGCUCGAGUGGCUGGGCUUGGCGGAGCACCGGGCCCGCUUCCUGGACCACGAGAUCGACGGCUCCCACCUGCCCGCCUUGACCAAGGAGGAUUAUGUCGAUCUGGGUGUGACCAGGGUGGGCCACCGCAUGAACAUCGACCGGGCUCUCAAAUUUUUCCUGGAGAGGUGAUGGCUGGCCUGGACGGACCAGCCCGUCCAAGGACCCUGGAGCCUGCUGGCCUCUUGACCUCUGACCCCUGACCUUGUCCUUCUCUCCCCUGGGCCAGGGACUCUGCUGAAACUGCGCCCUGCCCUCGUCUCCCAAGGCCGGGGGUCACCAGGUGGCCUGAUCCCGGCCAGACAUUUGCACCUCACAGGAGGGGGCAGCUGACACCAGAUUGUGUGUGUGUGAAGCGGGGAGCGGAGGGGGGGAUGGAAGAAGUCACAGAGAGGGAUGGCGAAGGAGGGAAGGGUCGAUUCUGGGGAGGGGGGACAGCCAGAGCCAUAGAGGGUCAGCCCUGAGCCUGAGUGGAUGGGGGUCGUUCCCCAGGCCGCAGGGGAAGGGGGUACCCUCAGAUUCCACCAUGUGCCGCCCCUCGACAACCUUUCCCCCCUCUCCAGGCCCCUCGCUCUCCCGCCUUCCCCUCUCCCCAGCACACACAGCAGCCCCUCGCCUCUUGCACGCUCCUUUGCACGCCUGCUCGCCUCUCUCCCCCCCGGGCUACAAUUUUGCACAAAUUUGCCCUCUGGCUGUCUUGCACACUCGGCCUUCGCUUCCAGGUCGGGAGGCCCUCUCAGCUCUGACACGCUGUUUCUCUCGUACGCAUUGCAUUUCUCU